AUGAAAUUUCCAAUCGAGACUCCAAGAAAGCAGGUCAACUGGGAUCCUCAAGUGGCUGUUCCCUCACCAGUGCCAGCUUGUGAACCUGAGCCCAAAACUAACGGGCAUUACCCAGCUCCACGACUCUCCGUUCCGUCCCGAGCCACCGUUGUUGCUACCAUGGAAGCCCCUUCUCAAGGCCUGCAGACAGUCAUGAAGUGGAAAACAGUGGUGGCCAUCUUUGUCGUGGUGGUAGUUUACCUGGUGACGGGCGGACUUGUCUUCCGUGCCCUGGAGCAGCCCUUUGAAAGCAGACAGAAGAACACAAUUGCGCUUGAGAAGGCUGACUUUCUUCGGGAGCAUGUUUGUGUAACCCAGCUAGAGCUGGAGACGCUGAUUCAGCAUGCUAUUGAUGCUGAUAAUGCAGGAGUCAGUCCCAUAGGAAAUUCCUCUAACAACAGCAGUCACUGGGACCUUGGAAGUGCCUUUUUCUUUGCUGGAACAGUCAUCACAACAAUAGGGUAUGGGAACAUUGCCCCAAGCACUGUUGGAGGCAAGGUUUUCUGCAUCUUGUAUGCCAUCUUUGGGAUUCCACUGUUUGGAUUCUUGCUGGCUGGGAUUGGAGACCAACUUGGAACCAUCUUUGGGAAGGGUAUCGCAAGGGUGGAAAAAGUUUUCAGAAAAAAGCAAGUGAGUCAAACAAAGAUCCGGGUGAUCUCUACCAUCCUCUUCAUCCUGGCAGGCUGCAUUGUCUUUGUGACCAUUCCUGCAGUUAUCUUCAAACACAUCGAGGGAUGGACAGCCUUGGAGUCCAUCUACUUUGUGGUUGUCACUCUGACUACUGUUGGCUUCGGUGACUUUGUAGCAGGAGGAAAUGCUGACAUCCAUUACCGGGAGUGGUAUAAGCCCUUAGUGUGGUUCUGGAUCCUUGUUGGCCUUGCCUAUUUUGCUGCUGUCCUGAGUAUGAUUGGAGACUGGUUAAGAGUCCUGUCCAAGAAGACAAAAGAAGAGGUUGGAGAAAUAAAAGCCCAUGCAGCAGAGUGGAAAGCGAACGUGACGGCUGAGUUCAGAGAGACACGGAGGCGGCUCAGCGUGGAGAUCCACGACAAACUUCAGCGGGCAGCCACCAUCCGGAGCAUGGAGCGCAGGCGCCUGGGCCUGGACCAGCGAGCCCACUCCUUAGACAUGCUCUCUCCAGAGAAGCGCUCUGUCUUUACUGCCUUGGAAACAGGACGCUUCAAGGCCUCAUCUCAGGAAAGCAUCAACAACAGGCCUAACAACCUGCGCCUUAAAGGGUCAGAUCAGCUCAACAAGCACGGGCAGGGGGCAUCCGAGGACAACAUCAUCAACAAGUUUGGAUCGUCUGCUAAGAUGACCAAAAGGAAAAACAAAGACCUCAAAAAGACCAUCCCGGAGGAUGUGCGUAAAAUUUAUGAGACCUUCCGAAACUACUCCUUGGAUGAAGAAAAAAAGGAAGAGGAGACAGAGAAGAUGUGUAAUUCUGAGAACUCUUCUAGCACUGCAGUCCUGACCAACUGCAUCCAGCAGCACUCAGACCUGGAGAAUGGAGUGAUCCCCAAUGAAACCAAAGAAAGGGAACAUGAAAACAAAGCGUUACUUGAAGACAGAAAUUAA